AUGGACUGCUUUUCUAAACUCCCUCCUGAGCUCAGGAUCCGAAUCUUCUCUCAGUUCUCGUCCACAACUACAAUUUUUCGACUUAUGCAAGCAUCUCCAGCAAUGUUUUCUCAGUACAGGGUAUCAAAGGCAACUAUAAGACGGCAUUAUGUUGUCAACCUACUCACCGGUGAUCGGCACGAAGACCUUCUACAAGACGCCUUGGGCCUGCUGUAUUUGGGUCCGGCCGACAAUCGACCAGACAAUCACGUCAUGAAAUACAUCAUUAGGGAGUGGAACUCAAAGGCAUUACCCAAUCCUUUUGAGGAAAAGCAUCAGGGUACCAUUGCCAAGCUUUAUAGGCUCUUCUCCUCUAUAAGUAUGUUUGUUGAGGACUACAUCAGCAAAGCCACUUCCUCAAACCCACCUCAAGCCUAUCUCUGUCAUCCUCAGAUUGCCAACCCAAAUAGAGGUCUUUACUACAAGGAACACAGCUUUAGUCCAAGACAUGUCACCUUAGAUGAGCUCACGUCAUCAGAACGACAUUUUAUCCUAUGGGCAUUUCUUAAAUACGAGAUGUGCUGCAAGGUUCAAGGAUCUAAAGCUGCACCAUUGAUGGAAGACAACGAAUAUAGCGCUAUUGCUAAGAAAGCAAUUCACUAA